ACAAAAGUCUCACGCAGUGUCAAUAUGGAGAACUUGCAAAACGGAUAUUUGUUUCCAGAGAUAUUCAUGCGCGAGUUUCUGCAUACUCAGAAGUACCCAAAUGCAAGAGUAAUAAGACUUGGUAUAGGUAAUACUACAGAACCUAUACCAGACAUCAUCACAUCUGCUAUGGCUGAGCAUGCGCAUGCUCUUGCAACAGUUGAAGGUUACAGUGGGUACGGAGCUGAGCAAGGCCACAGGGAAUUGAGAAUGUCAAUUGCAGAAAGAUUCUACAAGAAUAUGGGCAUAGGAGGCAAUGAGGUGUUUGUAUCAGAUGGUGCACAGUGUGACAUUUCUCGCCUUCAGAUGCUUUUAGGUUCCAAUGUGACAGUAGCUGUGCAAGACCCUUCUUUCCCGGCAUACAUAGAUUCUAGUGUCAUUGCUGGUCGAGCUGGCAACUUUCAACAGGAAACCGGGAAGUAUAAGAACAUUGUCUACCUCAAUUGCACACCUGAGAAUAAUUUUUUCCCCGACUUAUCAACUGCUUCAAGGGCAGAUCUCAUAUUUUUCUGUUCUCCAAACAAUCCAACUGGAAAUGCUGCAUCAUUGCAUCAACUAAAGCAACUGGUGGAGUUUGCAAAAGCAAAUGGAUCAAUCAUAGUUUAUGACUCCUCAUAUGCUGCUUAUAUAUCAGAUGGAAGCCCAAGAUCAAUUUACGAAAUUCCUGGUGCCAGAGAGGUUGCUAUUGAAAUAUCAUCCUUCUCCAAAUUUGCGGGGUUCACAGGAGUCCGACUUGGUUGGACCGUUGUCCCUGAAGAGUUGUCGUAUGCAAAUGGAUUUCCGGUCAUAAAAGAUUAUAACCGGAUAGUAUGCACCUGCUUCAAUGGUGCAUCAAAUAUAGCUCAGGCUGGAGGGCUAGCAUGCCUUUCUGCAGAGGGACACCAGGCUAUAACGAGGGUGAUUGACUACUACAAGGAGAAUGCAGAAAUCAUUGUUGACACAUUCAGAUCACUUGGAUUGAAGGUGUAUGGAGGCAAAAAUGCACCUUACAUAUGGGUGCAUUUUCCGGGGCUGAGUUCAUGGGAUGUUUUCAAUGAAAUUCUUGAGAAGACAGACAUAGUGACCAUACCCGGAAAGGGAUUUGGUCCUGCAGGUGAAGGGUAUAUUAGAGUUGGUGCUUUUGGCCACAGAGAGACUAUAUUGGAAGCUUCAGCAAGGCUAAAGAAUCUUUUUUAACUCAAAAGUUUUUUUACAAUUAACUGA